AACUUACAUCUGAGCACAGGAAUCCUUGUCCAGUUCAGUUUUAUUCAGAUAUCAAUACAGGUACGAACAUUUUGCAAGUUUAUAAAAGUUUUUCCCAUUUAAUGUUGUGUUUCUUUUACAAGUAUGCCCGCAUUUUACUCAAAGUACACAGUCAGGUGUAUUUUACUAUAUUAUAUUCUGCUGGGUCUAAGUUUCAAACGUUGUUGCUCGUCAUAUUUCAGUUCUUUGCCGCCUGAAUAUGAACUAAGAUGCUGUAUCACUUACCCUGAGCGAUAAACUCAGCUCAGAAGUCUGAGGGACGAAACACAAAAUCGUUUUUCGGCUAUAAGCAAAAACAAAGACUGACAUGACACAGAUGAGUGGGAAUUAAUACUCGCUGACGGUUCAAGAUGGCCGGCCCACUAAAAAAAUAACAUUUCGGUGAAUUUUCGGUUUUUCUACCAAUCGAAAUCAACUCCGAUCAACUCUGUGUUUGGGGAGAAUACGGUUAGAUUUUAUCACGUACACGAAAGGCUACCGGUCUGUUUUCGAACCUGUAUAAGUCUGGAAGAAUGGCUUAACGAGUUUUAUAUUUACUAUGUGCCGCGCAAUGACAGUGAUCUUUCAGACAAAUUCAGUUAAACUUUGACUAACUCACGUCGAGCAGCUUGCAGCUUUUCACGGUUUUUUUUUAAUUUGUUAGUUUUUGAAUUCCCUGUAAUACAUUUAUUCGCCUUUGAUGUUUUUUGGACUCUGCAUUUGAGGAGAUACGACUUUAUGCACGAGUUCAUUUCGAACUGACUUAAAUGACAUAAACCUACAGGAUCAGCGUAGCAUGAUAAAAUCCCGACAGUACAUUAAGCGUCAUUAAAACCAACCUAUCAACCUUUCUUGCACCAAAGUCGAUUCUUAUAGGUUUGAAAGCCAUAAUCAAGAUUAGAGUGCUCAAUUUUUAAUGACGGCAUAUUUUGUAAAUUGAACAGCCCAGCAAAAGGAACCUCAAAAUAAGUGUUUCCUCUUGUCCUUGCGAGAAGAAAAAUCACUAUGACGAAAUUCAAUAGAAAUGCCCCUGUGGAUUAAAAAAAAUAAUGAUAUACUCACGACUUAAUUGAGUGGGAUAAAUUUUAAUUCAACAGCACGGAAGCAACUACUUCAGGUUUAAUUUCAAAGACGUGCAACCUUUCGUGUAGCUAAAACUCGCCACCAGGUGGCUCUCGGUAUGGAUGGAUUUAGCUGAAACCGAGAACGACCUGGAGACGAGAUUCAUUGACUGAAGUGUACGAGGGACAAAGAUAACCUACAACAGCCUGAAGAAACAGUUGACAUUUUGCGACGCCACCACUGGUUUUUCCACGAAGUGAUGUCUGAGGAACGAGCGCAGAAAUUCCAUAAUCUCACCGUAUCUGGGUUGUGCUUCUGAUUGGUUUAGCCUGCGAGCAAGCUCUUCGGGGUGUUCUGGCGGCGGGGCGCCCCGGAGAGCUUGCUCGCAGGCUAGAUUGGUCCUGCCGCGAGGGAAACUUGCUUCAACCACUCAAAAGCACUACCCAGAUCUGGGUAACAACACAUCAUCAGUAUGGAAUCUUUGCGCUCGUUCCUUACUUGCACGUCAUUUCGCGAGAAACUAGUGGUGGCUACGCAAAAUGUCGGCUGUUUAUCGGUUCUCUUGACAGAACCCGGAAGGUCAGGUAGAUCAAUUUAAACAAUAGAGAGAACUGAACUAUUCUCUUGAUUCAAAAUAUGAACUUUAAAUACAGUUAGCAAAAUGUAACGCUGAUGUUUUACGUUUUUUUUUUUGCCAAUAUUCAGGUUCGUUUAGAGCUUUCGUAUUGGUUGUUCAGUUAAGCAAUUUCUUUUAUAAAGCAGCGUGUUUAACCGAAUACUUCACUUCCCAUUCAGAAUUUGAUGUAAUUUAUUAUGUUUCCAGAUCGCUGUGGUCUGAAAAGUGAAACAUGUUUUACAGCAAGAGAACAUGUUCCGGGACCCUCGACAAGAUGAUAUUUCUAACAAUUUACUGCAGUGCUUUACAUUGAAUGACUGCAGAAGUCACAAGUUACUUGGUGUGUAACAAAGAAAAUGGCGUUUGUAAGAGAUCUAUGUGAAGAUGUGCAAGCACCAUUUGCCGUCUCGGUGAUGACAUCAGUAGUUUCCAUGGUGCUGUGCCUAGUAACAGUCCCUGGUAACAUACUCAUUUGCAUCGCUAUUCUCAAGGACCCUUAUCAUGAAUUAUCUCAUUCUUUCAACUUCUUCAUUCUCCAACUCGCUCUGAGUGACGCUAUUGUGGGAAUUAUAACAGAACCUGCAUUCGUCAUUUGGCAUGUUUUUGAGGCUCUUGACUAUGAAAAUGUCAUGAACACAGUAUGGGUAGUUCAUCUUUCGUAUUUCAUCUCAUGCACAGCGUCACUUCUGAGUCUUUCGGCCCUAACCUUGGACAGGUAUCUUACGGUCGUGUCCAUCAGAAGGAAGCUUUCUUGCCGUUCUGUGGCUUAUAUAUCAGCCCUAAUUUGGAUAUCAUCUUUUUCACUGCCAUGCAUCUACUUCGUCACUGGAUUUUACCUAUCGGCGUUUAUUUUUGCCAACACUGCCGUCAUUGUGACGUUUGUUAUUGUGACGUUCUCAUAUAGCCGCAUGUAUCAUAAACUGAGAGUUCAAAUCUCCAGAUGGCGUUCAUUUAGGCAGGCUCAUUUUGCUUCAAAAGUGAUCAGAAUGGAAAAGAAACUAACAAAAGCCUUCCACUUAAUCAUUUCAUUUUUCGUACUGUGUUUAAUACCAUCAUGUGUAAUGAUUUACCUUUUAAAUUUCUGCGGCAAAGAAUGUGACUGCAACUACGUUCACUGGCUACGGGAUCUUCAGUUUCUUUUAACUUUGGUCAACUGCGCUGUGAACCAGUUCUUGUACGCUUGGAGAAUGCCCUCCUUUCGAAGAGCGAUUGCUGCCAUCUGUUCUAAAUCAGCAGCUGUACAUGAGCGCCGCGGGCGUGAAAUGCAGUCAGUUGCUUAUAGAGUAACGAUUAGCGCCAAUGGUCUCACUACAACAGAAAAGCAGGCAUACGUAACCAACUCAAGACUUGACAAUCUAGACGUUUUAAGUAGGACAAAAGACCAACAGCUAGAAACUAACCUCUACGUAACGUGUGUAUAG